AUGUCCCUAGUCGACAGCACUGCAGUGUUCGAAGCCAGAGCAGCGAGCAUUGGUGUUCCUGACGAUGUGGUGGCUGCGAUGGCAUUGAAAGGUUGGGUCAGUCAUGGAACCUACGCAUUUGCUGUUGCGACUCAACCGGGUGCUGACGAGCAGGCUUUUCUGGAUGGGGCUUGCAUAAAGGAAGAAGUUCAACCUGUGGCUGCAUCACGAAAGCGUGGCACAGCCGCUAUCAAAGUGGACGACAGUCGUCCCAGUGAACCGGUGGCAAAGCGAAAGCGCUUGGUCACGGGCGUAGCCAAGCUCAAAGUCCAGGCUGCAAACCGCUUAUAUUCGUUUGCAAGAAGGGUCAUUGAUUUGUGCGUGGCCAUGGACAUCCCUGUCAUUUGCGAGAACCCACGCCGGUCUUUGAUGUGGAACACCGAUUAUUUCAGCUUGCAGCCGCGUGGAGGUCGUGCACCACUUUUGUUGGGUGACUUCAAGUUCAAGAUUGACGUGACCUCCGAGGUUGUACAGUUCAGAGCAAAGCAACUCAAGAAGUACAUGUCACGAGCAGCUCAAUUGAGCGAGCAAGAAUUUCAGUUCAAGGAGACGCUAGAUGUGGACGUAAGACGCGUUUUGGAAGGGAAGAGACUUUUACUUUUUAAGGAGAUGGCCGCUGACGCCAAGGUGGGUGAUGAGACUCUUUUUCAGGAGUUAACGGAAGGGUUCAGGUUGACUGGUGAGAUGCCCCAGUCAAAACAAUUUCCUGCGAAGUUGAAACCUGCGAUGAUCUCAGUUCAACAACUCAGAGAGUCUUCAGUUUGGGCAAAGGAGAUGAUCCACUCCUCUUGCCGUAGGGUCGGUUCAGAUCCUGAGAUUGCGAAGGCUGUGUUUGAAGAGACGCAACAGCAACUGAAGGGACGCGAGCGUAAAGGUAGAGGUGAGCUUUGGUUUGAUAAGCUGCGUCUCACUUUAGUGAUGAGCCUUUAUAAAACCUUGCUCACAGGUGGUGAGCCACCGUCCUCUUCCUUGCGCGUGCUGCGUCCUUUCCUCCGCGUUCGCGUUUCGAAGUAUCUGGAAGAUUGA